CGAGACCUUUGUCGCUCUUUGAAUCAGGAGAGCUACACUUUGGCGAAAAUGGCAGCCUCCUUCUUUAGAGAGGCUGGAAGCAUCGGUCCAUAUUUUGUCAGAUGCAUUUCAGCUAAGCGUGCCUCAAAUGGAGUCAGACAAUGUAUGUGUCGCAUCCAGCAGCAGCAAAGACAAAAUGUAAUAAAUGUUGUGCGGAUGUUAGCCACGGCACCAAAACAAGAAACCACGCCCACGGCCACUGUGGCCAGUGUGCAGCCAACACUUUCCACCCCGGUGCAAACGCGUCAGUCUGAGUCAGAUUCUUUGUACAGAGAAAGAUACAUCCCUAUCACAAGAAAAUCAAUUAUUCGUUUCUUGAUGGAAGAAAAGGAUUUUUUGACUGAUGAGGAAAAAAAGGCCUUUCAUGACUUUGCAUUAGCUCUUGACAGUGCUAUUGUCAAUAAAUAUCAUAGUAUUCUUCAAGAACUUAAGCUCCUAUUUGAUCCCAUAAAUCCUGAUAAAGAUACACUUCGUACAAGAGAGACAACAAGACGGGAGAAACUGGAUCAUGAGUUUUGGCUGCUACAAAGACUAGAAGACAUCAUGGAAAAAGCCAGUUUUUAUGAGCUGGAUAAGUCUCAGCUGAAGCGUUUGCUAGCAGAACACAACUCCCCAAGUGGAAUGAGAGUAAGUGUCAAUCCUGACAGAUAUGAUGUUCUACGCUUCUGGAUCCUUGGCAAGGAACAACCGCAGCAUGAGGAAACAAUUGUGGAAAAGAUGCUGAACCGUAUCUUUCGUCGUACACCAAAGGCUGGUGUAGAAUACUACAAGCGAGUUGUCGUUGCCAUUCGUUUGAAAAAAGACGCUAAACUCACAUUAAAAGCCUUCAAGGAGGUUCCAGUAGAGAGUCUGGAAAUGCUUCUACCAGAUGGCACCAUCAAAAUGAGCAACUGGGACAAAAGCAUUUUGACAACAUCCAUAUUCCUUGCUGGGGCUGGUAUAGUUGCCAAAGUUGUCACUUUACUAGCGCAGGUGCAGUUUGACUGGUCUCUGGUGCUGAGUUUGGUGAUGGGGGCCAUUAGCAUCAGAGCAUGGACAGUUUAUAAAAAUCGGCGAAGUGAAUAUCUGUUGGAUAUCACACGGAUGCUUUAUUUCAAGAAUGUGGCCAACAAUCAGGGACUUCUGGCUUUGCUGGUGGACAGAGCAGAAGACGAGAUUUUCAAAGAGGCAUUGCUAACCUACACAUUUCUACUGACAUCAAGACCAGAUUCUGUUCGACAGAAAGCCAGCAGCCAACAGCUUCCUGCACAGCUUGGAGGCUUGUCUGAUUCAGCUCUGGAGUCUAAAGUAGAGAAGUGGAUCAAGGUCAAGACAGGGGUUGACUUAAAAUUUGACUCAUCAGAGGCAGUGAAACUGUUGAAGUCUUUUGGUAUACUGAGCGAAGCACAGCAGAAGUUGAAUGUUCUGCCUUUAGUGAGUGCCGCACGGUGCCUACCAAUCACUCCUCAAUCACUCAUCGCUCGUUCUACUGAAGCAGACAUCACUGAAGGCUAUGAUCGUAGCGAGUAUCUGGAAACGGAACAUGAUUACAAAGAAGAGGACCGGCGGUCCAGGAGAUAUGGCUGGUUUUAGACUCUCAGACAGUUGUGAGUGAACUGCAUAAAUGCAGGAUUCAAAAUAUAUAAAUAAAAAUUAUUUAAAGAGAAAUGAACUGUUACAGACCAAAAAAAAAUGUAGUAAAUAAAUGUUUUCAAGUUUUUUGGCAUGCUAAAGAGUAAUGUCAGUUCAAGAAACUAUACAGUUUUUGACAGUUGCUUUUUUUGUAAUAAAAAUUAAUUUUUUGUGGGAUAAGGGUGGUAGAAAGAAUGAAGAAAUUUAAGAAUCAUGCAGAUUUUAGAUUCUUAUUUCUUUUCCCUUUUAUGUAAAGCGGUUUAAAGAAACAUUCAUACAUGAAUAUGAAGCAUGAAGUACUGUUAAUGACCGGCAACCUUGCAAUGAAGAAGACUGUUAGAAGACAUUCUGCGAACAUCAUGCUUUUUAAGAUAAUCGGAAUAGGAACUACCAGAAGUGGAGUGAAUUAUGCUUGUUGUGAUAUGUAAUAGUUUUUAUAAUUUUUUGAAUUUGCUUUUGUGCCAUUAUACACUAAGUCUCAGCAAAAAUUUAAAAUAUAUUAAAAAUUAUAAUUGCA